CCGGCCUCUCCUUCAAUCUUGCACAGGUGUACCGGCUCCUCCCUUUCAGUCUUGCACAGGUGUACUGGCUCCUCCCCUUCAGUCUUGCACAGGUGUACCGACUCCUCCCCUUUAGUCUUGCACAGGUGUACCGGCUCCUCCCUUUCAGUCUUGCACAGGUGUACCGGCUCCUCCCCUUCACUCUUGCACAGGUGUAGCGGCUCCUCCCCUUCAGUCUUGCACAGGUGUACCGGCUCCUCCCCUUCAGUCUUGCACAGGUGUACCGGCUCCUCCCCUUCAGUCUUGCACAGGUGUACUGGCUCCUCCCCCCUUCAGUCUUGCACAGGUGUACCGGCUCCUCCCCUUCAGUCUUGCACAGGUGUACCGGCUCCUCCCCUUCAGUCUAGCACAGGUGUACUGGCUCCUCUUUCAGUCUUGCACAGGUGUACCGACUCCUCUCCAUCACUGAAAUGGUUUACUCUGAUUUCACUGCACACUGUGAUCUUCUCACAAUGUGUAUUAGAAGCUGCAGCAAGUCAUUUAGAGCAACUCAGUUCCUGGCUGUAGGACGCCCAUCAUCUAGCCC